UAGUGAGAGAAGAAAAAUUUGGAAGUAAAUUAUAAAGUUGCUUAAAAUUUCAUGCUAUAUCUGACUCAUAAGAGAAAAAAAUUUGUUUAGUAUCCCUUUAACAAAUAGCAAGUACCAUAAAAUAUUGAAUCUUUCAAGGACUUUCUAGAAUAAGAAAAGCAGGAAGGUUUACAUAAAGCUGUCUGUAAUGGAAUAUUGUAGUGAGUGGUGGGCUCUCUGUCCUCAGCCAUUGAGCACGGUUUCAGGUGGGCUAUUGGGAAAGAUGUCCCUGCCAUUUGGAAUGAACCGUCGAGCUUUCAGCUAUGACGAUGCCCUGGAAGAUACAGCACCAAUGACUACGCCCCCCAUCAGACAUGUGGCAGUAACAUCUCUGUGGCGAAAACCUGUCACGGAACGUAAAUACAAAAUGCUGUCUAAGGUUGAGGAAGGGGAUAAUAACCAACCUGCUAUGCCCCCCUCUGCCACUGAGAAGGCACCUGUUGUGAAAACCAAAGCCACCUCUAUCAUCAUGAAUUCUCUCAUGACAAAACAUACACAGGAGAGCAUUCAACGUUUCGAACAGCAGGCUGGCCUCAGGGAUGCUGGCUAUACACCACACAAGGGCCUCACUGCUGAGGAGACCAAAUACCACCGCGUGGCAGAAGCACUCCAUAAACUUACGAUGCAAACAGGAGAAUCAAGUGAAGAUAAGCAAAGCUCAUCUGCCCAGUCAACUCCGUGCAGCACACCAGGUUCCUCUCCCAAGCAGAUGCGCAGAUCAUGGUUCAGUCAAGGCUCCACUAGUUCCCUUCCAACUGGUGAUUUCAGCAGUUCAGAAACAAGCUUGGAAAAGUGGAGUAUGUUUGGUCCUCGUACUGUUCAAAAAUCCACUACUGAUCCAGGUGGUUUCAGCAUACAGCCUUAUAAAGGAGCACAAAAGCCUACUCCUAUGGAACUGAUGAAAUCACAGGUUACAAGAGCUGCAGAUGACCACAAAGCAUUGAAGCCUCCUACAAUGGACAUGUCUUCACUGAUGACAGAAAAUAAGAAAAGCUCACAGAGUCACAACUUAAAGCCUCGUGACAUGAAUAUCCUUACACCAACUGGUUUCUAACAAAAACAUAUUGCUCCUAUUUGAAAGAAGCUCAACACUAGUAAUCUUCAGUGUUUCAGCUCUGGCAACAAAGCAAUAGUAGACAUUUGGUUGAUAUGGCAAACUGUUUUACAAACUUUAUGCUAUUGAACAGCCCUUACAAACCGCAACCAAAAUACUGUUUUUGUGUUGAAGCAGAGGUCUGUUAUUCCUGAAAAAAUAAAAAUGGCUUGUCCACCUGAACUCUACAGCUUGAUGGUGGUGUUGGGCUUUAUUCUUAGGUUACAAAAGUUUCUGCUAGUUUUUAACUGUUGGAUCCUCUCAAACUAAAGCACUCCAGCUCUGUAACUAUGCACAUUGUGAUCUGGUGUCUUACAAACUUUAGUCAUUCAUCGUAGAUAAUGCUGGCUAUCAAAUUUAGUACUAAACAAACCACCCUAAGAGUGUGAAAUUUGAUUUAGAUCUUGUAAGGCUGUUUUGCUUUUUUUCUUCUCCUCAUCCACCACUAUGUAACACCGGUUAUUUUGUAAUAUUAAAUUAUUUAGGUUUACGGUUACAAAUAUUUCCAAAUUUGUGGGAUUUCCUGAGUAACUACAGUUUUUUUUAUUUUAUCCUCUAAAAACAAGGGUUUUCUGAAAAUAAUUUUAAUUGUUUUUAUUGCACGGCGAGAGCAAGUCAUCUGUUGUGUAUGUAAAAAUAUAUAUAUUAUUUUUUGUUGUUGUAAUUGAAUCACAAACAAUCCUAUGUUCAUACCCACAAUGCUUUGUAGAGUGGAUCGAUUACAAUUUUACAAACCCUGGAUUAAGGAUUUUUAUCCUUCUCCACUAAAUCAUUUAUUUUAAUCUUUGUGUAAACUGCAAGUGACAGAUGCCUUAAAGGGACAUACACCUAAUUUUAUUUUAUGAUUCAGAGCAUACAGUUUUUUUUUAAACUACUUCACAAUUUACUUCUGUUAGCAAAAUGUCUUCAUUCUUUCUAUCCUUGGUUGAAAAGCAGGAAGGGAAAGCUCAGGCGCAUGUGCAGUUAUGUAUUAUACAUAGCAAGAGCACUCUAUGGCAGCACUUUUUCCAGCUGUGUAGUGCUCCAGCCGUGCACGCUAUCUAGAUAUCUACAAUAAAGAAUAGCAUAAGAACAAAGCAAAUUUGAUGAUAGAAGAAAUUGAAUUGUAUGCUUUUGUCUGCAUCAUGACUGAACAAUUUUGUUUCAUGCUAAUUAAGCAAGAGGGUUUAAAUUUGUUCUUGUUUUGCAGUCACUUAGAUGCUACAACUACUCAUUCCGUUUUCAGAAAAAUCAACCUGUUUGCACUAAUUUUGUAAUUUUUUUUUUUUAUGCGCCUACAUUUUAUGGUAAUAAACUUUAAAAACAA